AUGAAAUCUUCUGUUGCUACUUGGGUAUUCUUCGCCUUAGGCUUCGUUCAAUGGGCAUGUGCUGAAAUUGUUUAUUUCUCUAUCUAUCUCACCUGGGCGCCAAGAGAGGUUGCAGGCUUCACAAGAGAUGUGAUUCUGGUCAAUGGUCAAUAUCCUGGCCCUCAAUUGAGUCUAGUGCAAGGCGACGAAGUCAUCUUCGACGUUCGGAAUGAAUGUCCAUUCAACGUCACUGUUCAUUUUCAUGGCAUUGAACAACUGAACACACCGUGGUCGGAUGGUGUCCCAGGUAUGAGCCAGAUACCAAUUGAUGAAGGGGAUUCUUUUCGCUAUCAGUGGACCGCACACCAAUACGGUGCAUACUUCUACCAUGCACACCAUCGUGGCCAAAUUGAAGAUGGUCUUUACGGCCCGAUCUAUAUCGAACCGUCAAACUCUGAAGAGAGGCCCUUCAGUAUGAUCACAACCGAGGCUUCUCAGCUUCAGGCUAUGCUUGUUGCAGAAGAGAAAACCACGCCGGUUCUACUUUCAGACUGGCGGCUUUUAACAUCGGAACAAAUUUGGGCAGCCGAGGAGGCAUCUGGCGUAGAUGCAUUCUGCGCGAAUGCCCUUUUGAUUAACGGGAAAGGCUCGGUCUAUUGCUUUUCAGCUGCAGAACUCGAUGCUCUGACAACUGAUGAUCAGAAAUCUGUUUUGGGCAACGAAUCACUGACAGAUAUUGGAUGCUUCCCGCCCGAUAACGUCGGCACGGAAGGAAAUUACACACAUGAUUACAACAAGCUGCUACCGACCAUGUUUUAUGGGUGCACGUCAUCUCAAAGUGCUCAUGAAGUCCUGACUGUCAAUAAGAAUGACCAGUACGUUAGUUGGGAUUUAACCAGUACAGCUGGGAUAUUACACCUAAUGUUCUCCGUGGACGAACACGACAUGUACGUCUAUGCCGUCGAUGGUCGGUACAUCCAGCCCGUCCUCGUGAAUGCCAUCAAUCUUCCUAGUGCAACACGCUACUCAGUCUUGGUACCCCUGAACCAAGUCCAGGGUGACUAUACGAUCCGCAUGGUGAGCGGAACUGCGCAACAAAUCAUCAAUACAACUGCCACACUACAGUACGAGGGUAAAUCUCAGCUCACCCGACCAUCCAUCCCAUGGAUCACAACACAAGGCACGAAUGCUACUGCCGACACAAUUCUUCUGGAUGACACAACCAUAGUUCCAUUCCCAGCUGUCUCGCCUGACUAUACAAUCGAUCAAACCUUCAAGCUGCACAUCGACCAUUUCAACGCGUCCUAUCUAUGGACUCUGGGGAACACCAGUUUCAAUCUCGAACUUGAAGAGUCGCAGCCUCUGCUUUUUAAUCAAACCGCUAUACCCAGCGACCUAAUCAUCAAAACAAAAAACGGAACAUGGGUCGACCUCAUUGUCCAAGUCGGUACACCGUUGCAGCCUGCCCACCCGAUUCAUAAGCAUUCGAACAAACAUUUCGUUAUUGGUCAGGGAGACGGUGAUUUCACCUGGGAUUCUGUCGCAGACGCUAUCCUGGAAAUCCCUGAUUCGUUCAACUUGGUCAACCCACCCAUGAGAGAUACGUCAGCCACGCCUAUCGCGGUUACGGGGCCUGUGUGGAUGGCAUUGCGGUAUCAGGUUGUGAAUCCCGGGGCUUUUUUGAUGCAUUGUCAUAUACAGGUUCACCAGGAUGGAGGGAUGGCGUUAGCCAUUUUGGAUGGAGUUGACGCAUGGCCGACUAUCCCAACUGCUUAUUUGGAUGGAUCGGGGUUUUGA